AUCUUCGGCAUAAAUUACAUGCGUGUAAGCAUACACUACAUUCGUGAAAAAUGGCAGCUGACGAUUAGAGAAAAGUGUGUGGAUCUUCACUCGAAAAAAGACGGCACUUGUAAGUUUUUUCUUCAGACUAAAUAUCAUAGAGUUUCUGGAGAACCUCAGAUGGAGCAGCAAUCCCCGGAUUAUGAGUUAUUUUUCUUCAUAAUAGGGGAGAAACUGCUCUCAGAGGGUUAACGCUAAGGUUAGCCAGCCUAGUUAUUAGCCAGCAGUGGUUGCUAGCACACCAAGCAAUCCCAGUUGUCAACACUGGGUCCAGUCUAUUUCUUGGGAUCAUUUGUCUUUGAUUUUAAACCUCAGAUACCUCGACCGGGAUUAAAGACACGGCUAGGUAGGAAUGGGCUGAUACAAAGUACAUUUUCGUCACACCUCUUUCGGUAUUUAGCUAGCGGUUACCUGCUAAGUUAACAUUAGAAGGCUAAUGAAAGAUGACAUAACCAGCCAGCUAACAGUGAAGGAUGGUAGGAAACCUUUGGAAUUGAAAACAAUCAUGGAAAGUGUGCUGAUUAUGGCUCCACUGCAUUUUUAUUAAGUUACAAUAGUGUACAGGUGUUGUAGGUGGCUACCUACUGUAUCCGUGAGCUGUAACGGUGAAGUGGCCCAUGAAGUCGUUUGGUUGGAUUUAUAACAACAGUUAUACCACAUGUAUCAAUUUUCCAUCAAUGAGUCAGCUCGUGUUUUUACUGGAAACGAUCACGUGAUGUCGAAGACACGAAGUCCUGUUAUUUUUUUUUCGUCUGUACACUCAGUUAGGCUCAGGGGCGUGUCUGGAGGGGCGUCCAGGGAUGGAAUAGCCCCCCUUGACAUCUGAUUGGCCACCCUUGAUGCCACUUGAAAGCCCCUAGAUUAUGAUAGGUUAAUUUGAGAAGUUUACAGCUCCAGAAGGGGGACACAUUAAAUUCAAUCACUUGAACUGUAUUGUAACAGGCUUCAAGCAGUUUAUUUGUUUCUUUUAAAUGUUGUGCAUUAUCUUUUAUUGAUAAGUGAACUGUUAAAGAAUUAUGGUCCUUACACAAUGGGGCCGACGCGAAUAUAGAAUGCACAAUUCCGAAAUAUUCAGAGGUGAAUUUGACGGGGGUUGACUACACACAUCACGCCCAAUGCGAUUAUGCGACUUUCCGGGGGGAAAAGACGCAUCCUGGGGAAGACUUCCCGGGGAAAGUCCUGCCUCCUUCGCCUCUGAUUGGCUAGAAAAGCUGGAAACGUCAUCACACACUCAAGCCAAACGGUCAGCACUUAUAGCCAAUCAGAGGUGAUAAAAUAAGCACAUGAAACUAUAGUAACAACUGUUAUCUUACGUUGCACAGAUUAAAGUUAAAACAAAGAUGUUUAGCAAACUGUUAAAGCACACAAACUAUCGUUAUAUGAGAAAUCCGACGCUAUGACUCUCCACUAGUUGCCCUUCAGGUCGUUAUAUUUGUAAUGUGUGUGUAAAAGACCAUAAACAAUCAGCUGGUUGGCCAUGUUGGGUAUACCGUGAUCUGACAUCACAACAAUACACAAUCUGAUUGGUCAGAAGUGGACACACAGUAUGCAAAACUUUGGAAAAUCGAUCAUGAUCUGAAAAAAUAUAUGCCGCUAUGUUGCAGGAAGGGAAAACGUCGUUGAUGUGAAUGCUUGUACUGACAGGAUACGGGUUCAAAAAAAUAUAUAUUGACGUCCGAAAUAAUCGCAUGACAAAAACGGUCCCGGGGUGUAAGGACCUUUAAUCGGAACAUUUGUUUAUCCAGGAGAGGAACUGGUGUAUGAGUAACAUAAACAAAGUGCUGCACGAAAUCUAACUAUCAUAGAUACAUUCAAGGAUGGUGUUUUUUUCCCGAAUUGUCAGGACUUGUAGAUUUUAUGACCUGAGAAGUUGACUCAGCAGACUUAAAAUUAUCCAUGAGCAUCACUUGAUUUUCAUUUUGACCUCAUCCUGCCACUUUUAGAAAUGUUGUAGUGAGUUGUGAUUUGACAGGUCAUUUGAGGUUAGACAACAGACAAAAACUCAGAGGUAUUUGGAGAUUUUAAGUAUGUUGCCACCACCAGCGACUCUGGUCGGUGCUUCUUUAUUUCGGGCUCCUCAGUUUUUGUGUAACUUGCCACUCACAACAAGCUACAUGAGUGUCUUCUUCACCCAUGUCCACUUUUUAAAAUGUGUGUUUUUUUUUUUUAUUUGAAAGUCCUUUUUGCAAUUUUUUUUGUUUUUAGUAAUAGUGCAUCAUUAAUUUAGUUACAUUUAUAGUUUCCUCUACCCAGCCACUGUAUAUAAUUGCUUUUAGUACUUCCUCUUUCAUUAUUUAUCCCUGUUUAAGUGUUGUCUCCUCUUGGUACAUCUAGCUAUUUUGUCUCCCUGUUUAUUCCUAGUGUGAGCUUUUAUGUUCAUAAAACCUUUUGCAACAUCUGUUUUGAUAAGUGUUUUAUAAAUUAACAUGAUCCUAUUAUUUAAAACAGGGAUUUAAAGUUCUAUAAUUAUGAUAUUGUAAACUGCUCCCAUACUUGUUUCAAUCAAUGAACACAAAUGGUAACAACAGUGCAUAUCUCCCUGUUCUUUGCACUGGACUAGUGACAAUGGGUUACCAUAGUAACCCUGUAUGCUGUGGCUGUGACCCUGAAACAUAAUAAUAACUUUUUAUUUCUCUGCCUUAUAGUGAAAUAGAAAGACCUCUGUUCUUUGUUUUCACACAAUUAAGUUGUUUGAUACAAAAUUAUAUAUAUAGCCUAUUGUUUGAAAGGCUCCAGAUAAGAGAUACAAGAUUAUAAACAAAUAUUAAUUAACUUCUCUCUUAUGUUUAUUGUACCAGAAGCACAAAUAAACUUCAACAUUUGAAAACAGAGAGGGAAAAAUAACAAAUCAGCAUCAGAAGAGGAUCAACUAUCACUGAAUGCAACAGAAGUCACUUAAAGUAGAAAAUCAAAUUUUGUUUAGAAUAUCCUGGAGAAGGAACGCCAGUUUCCUUGCUCCUGUGUUGGAUGAGAGGUCAUCAUAGUUUAACUAGGCCAGUUUAUUUAUUGGCAAUCAUUGCAAAAAAGAAGCCUCAGACCUAGCUUCAGAUUUGUGCAGUUCUAAUCUUGAUGCAUGCUGUGUCCAGCUCCGUACUCUGUAAAUGUGGCUAAUUUGUCUUUUGCCAGUCACAUCCUUGAUUUUUAAUAGUUAAAAAGUGUGGAGUUUCCUUGAAAUUGAGUAGUACUUAAAUUUGAGACUUCCUUUAGCCUCUGUCAUGCAAUUGUUUUAGUUGCAAAAUUCAUGUACAUAGGAGUAUAAGGUCUGUGUCCUAAAGCAGUGCCUAAGUUUGGCCACCUGUCAAAUGUCUGACAAGUCCAGACAUGUCCCAGAUUAAGCAGCUCUUUUUUACUCAUAUUUUUCCCAAUAACUUCACUCCAUUUGAUUAUAUGUUUCAUAAAUGUAGAUGUUGAAUAUUUUCAAGUAAUACAUUUUAUUUCAGCUACAUUUAUAGGUGCAGAGUGAAUGUAUAGUAAAUUAGAUACAGUGUCACAUGGUUUGUCCCACUAAUACACUAAAGGCUUGUUCAGUGUUAAACCCACCAUGCUAUAGUCUGCCUGUCUCUGUGGGAGCAUCCAUUCCAGGAAUACUGAUAUGUUUAAGCCUAACCUGAAAAAGGCUGAUUUCCUUUUUAUCAUGACAGCACCAACUUAACUUGGAGAGUCAUACCUAACCAGAGCUACCCACUGCUGUAGGCGGAUGUUGGUUAAAAUACAAAAUCUAUCAGUUAAUCUAUGUAAAUACAACUACAAAAUCAAAGUACUGUAUUAGUGCACAGAUGAAGUUCUCAAAUCUUGUUUCCCAGGUGUAAUAUGGCCUUUUUAGACAAAGUCUAACAGAUCUCUGAGCUGUGUUUUUGAGUGAAAGCAGUUUUUUUUAUAUUCUCUAAAUAGACUCACAAAUGUCUUUGGAGUGAAUGUUUGCGCUUUCUGCACUUACUAAUAAUCGUUUUUAUCUUGAAACAUUUUUAGAACAAAGCAACUCAGAGACAGAGAGGAUACUUGGUUGCCAUUGGCUGUCAUCAUAGAAGUGUCACCAUUGGUCAUCAGGCACAAUGGGAAAGACUCCAAUAAAAGGUAAGGAUCCAUACUUUGAUAUGCUCCAUCCAAAUGUUGUUCAUGAUUUCAAGGCUCGAUUUCAUACUGAACUAGUUUUGAAAAGUGUGGACUUGCUUUUUGACAGAUGAGUCUUUCUUUUUAAGGUUUCUGUAACCUAUUAGUGUUUGAGAAUAUGCAAGGAAGUCGUUGCUAUUCCUUAUCUUUCAAUUUUUUCAUAUCUGCUUAUUUGGUUUUUCAUUGAAACAACCGCAGAACAAACAAGCUGUCUCUUACCUCUGCUCUUUGUAUUGAGACUUCACUGGUGUAGCAGGGCAGCAUGGUACCAUUGCUGUGAUUAAAUAUAACCAAUCAUUUGACAGCCUUGGAGCAAUGUUUUUACUCAGGUACAGGCUAAUAUACAACACUUUUUUGAAGGUUUGAAGUCUGAUAAUCAAAGUAUUUGCUGAAAUCAUAUUUGUCAUUUUCUUGUUUUUUAUAGCAGAUCAGAAAGAUGGAAAAAAAGAGAAACUGGGAAGGACAGUUCCACCAACAGGUACAACUCCUGCUGCAGCGAAAGGUGAACUGCUGUGAUGAAAUAAGUUUGCUUGCUUGUGGAUCCUAUUUAUUGUUAAGGUUGGACUUAUCAGCUGAUGUUGCUAUGUUUAAGGCUUACUGUCUCAGCAGGAGCUAAGAUAGGUUCCAUUUUUAUUGUAAAAAAAAGUUAUUUGUUAUGAUUCUCUUUUAGAUUCGUUCAGCUGGGAAGAAUAUCUGAAAGAAACGUCAGCUAUACCAGCUCCUCCAAGCUGUUUCCGUCAGGUAUGUCCUCCUGGAAUUUUUGAGGUGUAUUAUGUAAUGAGCCUUUUUCCUGCAGACAGAUUUGGUCUCAGACUUCACUCCAAAGUCAAAGUAAUUGGUUGAGCAUUUGCUGGACUUAAAAAAACAGUUUCUCUCUCUCUAUUUUUUCUUGGUUUAAGUCUGCUUUGUGCACACAGAUGAAACUACAUCCGUAUAUUUUAUCACUUUUGAUGACAGUCUGCAGAUUAAAGAAGCUUGAAGUUGACAUAUUAGUUGAAGUAGCACCUUAAAGUGCGUCCCUGAAAAGCCGAAGAAACUGGUUCUUUAAAUAGCCGUAAAACUGGAUCUGUCCCUUCACUCAAAAGUCCCAUAUUUCUUACUGACCUCAAAGAAAUGAAGCACCUUUUCUUUCCUGCUUGUCUAUUUUUGUAUUUUUUUGUAUUGAUUUUAAUAAAAACUCACAGUAUCUGCCUUUGUGGUAUUUUCCAAACAUCUGCAGGCCAGAGCUCCUCCCUCCAACGACUUCAAGGUGGGAAUGAAGCUUGAAGCCCACGACCCACGAAAUUCCACCUCAGUGUGCAUCGCCACAGUGAUGGGUUUGACCGGAGUCCGUCUGCGUCUCCGUCUGGAUGGAAGCGACAACAGCAACGACUUCUGGAGGCUGGUGGACUCGUCUGACAUUCAGCCCAUCGGCACCUGUGAGAAGAAUGGAGACAUGCUGCAACCGCCACUGGGUAAGAAAGUCAGGAAAGAGGGCUAGUUCAAUAUCAAGGACAAUCUUUAUUUUCAUCUGUACUUAUGAACUGAGACAGAGAUGAUGGCUAUGGCAGAUUUUCCCCUCAUGACUGAACUGGUCUGAACUCUGAGAUUUAGCCUCUGGGAUUUGUGGACAAUAUUCCUGCAUAAACUGAAAACUGAUAACAGAUAACAGAGGUCAUUUCAUAUACACAUAUGAUUGUUUACACUUUUAACAGCCAAAAACUUAAAUUUCCCUUUGACAACAAACAGUAUAUUCUACAGAAGAGACUUUUAGUGUUUCUUUUUUAAAAAUUAAUAUAAGUUUACAUAAAGUAAUUGCCACGUUACCAAUUUUUUUCUAUUCCCUUGAGCCUUUUUCUGUAUCAAAACAUCACAUGAAUGUCAACAAUCAGGUGAUGAAUGCCGACACUCUCGACCUCUUGCUGCGUUGCUGCAUGCAACUACAGACCCUACAAACAUAUUAAGCAUAAAUCAGAAAAACAAUCAGAUAAACUAUUUUCCCUCCUCUAAUAAUUACACAUUUACAUGCAGACCUCCGUUCGUGGAGAUAACAUCACAUCUUGUUUUUAACCGUACAAACCAUACGCAAUUAUACAUUUAAAUAAAAACAGGAGUGGGAACAGAUGCUGUGGAGCUGUUGCUGUGAUGAGUUGUUGUUUUAUGGCCAAUUAUAAUGAUAAAAUCAGGAGAGGGCAGUGCAGCAGCUGCAGUUCUGAAUCAUACAACACAGCCAUUACCAGUUUCGACAUUUUUGUUGUUUUUUGAGCAUGACCAUGUCAAGAAAAUAAAAGCAUUUUUACUUUUCAAAGUAGAGCACCACAGCUUAUUUUUUUAUGUUUGUAUUUUUCUCUUUUCUCCCCAAGUUUGCUGUCAGCAAGUCCUAGCAGUACAGGGAUUUAUAUCUCCAUAACGACCGGUCUACCUGCUUGAAAAUAAGCGUCAACAUUUCUCAAGUCCAAGACAAACAAAAAGGAACUGUGACUCAUAGACAAAAUACCAACUGUGACUACUGUAACUCCAAACAAUCACAGACAAUUCUAGCAACUUUUGAAGCGGUUUGAUGACAAACAGAAUUAGUUUCUGACAAACUCUUUACUGUAAAAUUUUCCUGUUAUUUUGUCGUGGAAUCACCUUCAUAAAAACACAACCAUGUGAAGAAAUGACAUGUUUUCAGCUGAAGGAACUUGACUGAAGUCAAACAGUAAAAUAAAGUAGAUGUAAAAAAAAAAAAAAUGGGGAAGAGAGAAAAAUAAAAAAAUCAGAAGACAAAGACUCAGAUAAAAACUGCAACAUGUGGAGAAUUGAACACAUAGUGGUUUAUGAAAUCAUCUUUCCGUUGUCACAGGCACAGAAAUGAAUAAAGUAUCACAAGGAAGGCUUGUUCAGGUCACCUGACUCGCCUAAUUUAUUGUAGAGAGUUGGGGGGAUAUUUCUUUUUAUUUUCUAGUAAUCAACAUAAGAUAAUAGAAAAGCAGGAUGAGUGGUGGUGUGUAGGUUUAUAUGGAUGAAAGAGAAGAACCUGUUGCAGAUUUUUUUUCAGUUCAUGUUGGGUGAUGCUAGGGUCAAGAUGACAGUGAGUGAUGUGCUUUAUCUGACAGAACUAGAAUUGAUGCCAUCAAAAAGAAAAUGUUCAAAAAGGGGAAAAAAACACAUCUGCAAUGACAUAAAUGUUUGUUCCUAAUUUGAUGUUUUAACAGCUUCUAUCUUUGUUCUCUCAGGAUUUCGGAUGAACGCCUCCUCGUGGCCCAUGUUUCUGCUCAGGACGUUAAAUGGGGCAGAAAUGGCACCAGCAACCGCCUUCAAGAAGGUACGCACUGCCUCAAAAGUUACUGUUUGGGUGAAUGUCAGCGUAUUUAAGUGUGCCCAUGUCUUGUUUUAGGAACCUCUGAGGCCGCCACAGAACAACUUUAAGCCGGGCAUGAAGCUGGAGGCCGUGGACAAGAAGAACCCAUACCUGAUCUGUCCGGCCACCAUUGGGGAAGUGAAGGGCGAUGAGGUCUUCAUCAUGUUUGAUGGGUGGAGGGGGGCUUUCGAUUACUGGUGCAAGUUCGAUUCUCGGGACAUCUUCCCUGUGGGCUGGUGCUCCCUCACCAAACACAGCCUCCAGCCUCCAGGCAACAGUGGUGAGUAUCAGCCUGUGGGUGGCAGCACAGGUCUGCUCUUAAACUGGAGUUUGAUACUGUUUGUACUCAGUACUUUAGUUAUCCUUGUGCGUUAGAAUAUCAAUACUGAUCAGUAAUCAUCAGGUCUUCAACAUCCUGACCUCUGACAGGUGCUUAACAUGAAAUAAGACAGUAGUAACAUCUUGAUCUUAUUACUUUCUUAGAAAGGAUAAACAAAAAACUUUGAUGAUGAAUUUGAACUGUUCAUAGUUAAUGUUUAAAAGACAGACUGAUGUUUGUGGGAAAAACAGUUAUCUUAUUGUGUUAGUGUGCUUUUUUUCUCCUGCUUUUUUUCUGUUUUGUUAUCCCUUCAUAUACACACAAGUUGCGCCUCCAUCUCUCCUCUCAUUACCUACAAAUUUUCCUCCCUUACGGUUUCUGUGUGUCUGAUCUUUUUAUAGCAUACAUCAGCAGGAGGUUUUAUAGAGACAUCCAAACACAAAAAAAGCUGUAUUUGAAAUUUAACUCCACCAAGACUGGUAAUCUGCUUUUUGGCAAGGCUUGUUAAUGAUCCAAAGCUGCUCAUAACUUUUGAAACAGCCGGAGUAGAAGGCUUGUACCUAACAUGAGACAUUACAUCUCAAUCGGUGCACCAUAAGGAGGGUUGCACUGUCAAAUCUCUGUCUCUCCCUCUGUGAUCACCCUCAGUAGAAGAUGGCCUUUUAUCAAAAUGGUCCCCUCUCUAAUUCCACUCUUAUAUGAGUGCACUCCAUUGCCCACAGCUAAAUAAAGCCUCCUUCUUCAGGGUGGAGGAAUCAGCUACAGCUGCAAGCUUUGAGACAGACUCCAAUCACUGUCAUGAAGCAGAAAUUUUAUGUCACACAAAUAAUGAGGAGCUUAAAUAAAAAGGUCUAACCAGUUAACAGACUCACACAAAUCCUCUAUGAUAUGAAAAAUAUCUACCAUCUCAUUUAGUGGCACUUCUUCUUCUACUGACAUCUUACAGUUUAAUUGACUAUCUGAUAUUUAUAACCUGCUGUAUUUCCUACUUGCAACAAAACACUUAACCAAAAACCUGCAGUUUUCUGGAGCGGGCAGAUAGUCAGGCGCCCCACACAUGAGGACCACAGUCUGGCCCGACCGUGUGCUGCAUGUCCUCCCUCCUCUCUCUCUGUCCCCCACAUUUCACUCUGUCCUAUCUAAUAAAGGCAAGAAUAGCCAAAAAAAUAGUUAAACAAAUACAAACAACAAAACCUGCAGUUGUUGGAAACAUUUUCCCUUCAUAUAUAAGACUGAGGUAUAUAAUCCUUUAUGAGAUUUUAGGGGUGUGAUUAUAAAACAAAAUAUGCUCAAAUAACAUGAACCUUUUAAAAAUAAACAAAUUAAAAACUCUGAGUCAGCAGUAUAAUCAGUAUAACAUUUUUGAACGAAAGUAUUUAAGUUUAUAAAAUUAGGGAUAUGUUGUUAUUGCUACCGUCUCUCACAUUGGAGUACUUGUAGUUUAUUUCACUUGGUUAAAUCAGAUUUUUCUGAAGUGAAAAAGUCAGCAGACCUCAACAGAGUCUCAAAAGUUUUUUUUUUUUUUUUCUCAGGAAAAGUGAACCUCUCCUUUGCCUCUGAAUGGUGUGUUUUUGGUUAGGUAAUACUUUCUUUUCAGCUGUGUCACUAAGUCACCACCUGAGCUGCACUUUAAAGGUUGCUUAGUAACAAGAUCAAUGUUUGAAACACUUGAUAAACUGGGGCUAAACUGAGACAUGCUGUGUAUAACAUGUGAAACUCUGCAGACAUGCCGUGCAGUCAUGUUCUUGUGUUUGUCCGUCAGUGUGUUAUGGAGAGUGGAGGGGCUGAAUUAUGUUCUUCCAUUGAGUUAUUUACACAGAGCUGCUCAGUCCAGUUUGUAUGCAAGACUGUGGAGAAAAGGAGGAGGAUACAUUCCCAAAACAUUGAAAUUUACUAGCCACUCCUGUACUUGAACUUCUUGAUAAAUGACUCAUUAGAGAUAUUUGAAAUACUCCACAGAUGAAGAUAAGACAAAGACAUCGUCAUCAUCUUUUUCUUCUUCCCCAGCCUCCUCUGCCUCCUCUGUCAGUGUGGGCUUUGUUUUAACUGGAGGAGGAAGAUUUAUUGUUCUACUCUGUAUGUGUGGGAGUCUUAGACUUCAUACAGAAACUGGGAGAAUAUUUAGUGGCUGAGUCAGUGGGCUGUGUGCUGCCUUGUGUGGGAGUGUGGUGGUGUAAGUGUUUUUCCUGACUGGUGAGUUUCACUUUUUUUUGUCUAGUUUCGAAAACUGCUAGUUUACUUAAGGACGAAGGACCACAAUUCAUUAAUUUAUGAUACUUUGGCUGAAUUAGCAGUCCUCUUUCUUAACUUUUGAGUCAUUUCAUGUACCAGGAGUCUGUCACUUAAGAUAUGGCUAUUAUUGAGGAAAGUGACCCCGGACCCUAUUUAAACAAUCUAAUUAAGUGCAUAAUCUAAAGUGCAUGGCUCAGGGUGAAUUUGGAUGCAUCCUACCGCUGUAAGCUGGAGACUAGGGACGCACCACAUGGGCACUUAGUGAGGCUUAGGGCACAAAGAGAUUGUAUAUAAAGUCUCUUGUUAAUUUAGGGGUGUGCUUUGGGUGUAACAUGAAUUAACCCAAUCAGAGUGUCUUCUCCCAUCUCCUUUAAGAGACCUCCAGACAGAGACAUUGCUAUUAUUAACGCUGCAGAUUUCAGCCGGACCAGGCUGGGGCUGGCCCUUUUAACUUCUCUCCUACCAUUGAGGGUGGGGGGCGCAAGCCACUGGUAUGUCAGUAAUGUGAAUAUAUGGACUGAUGUAUCCACUAAAACAGUCUCUCUGCGCAUCUGAAACAAUCAGGGACUUUUUCAUUAGCAGUUGUACAUACAUUUGUGCACAAAGAAGCAGAAUAAUUUUGUUUAAGUAUUAAAACUCAGGAAACACUGACACUAUCAGACAGGAUCUAAUAAUACAUACUGUAACUCCCCAUGCACUAAAUUAUAUUUACUAUAUUUUUACAUUUACUACAUUACUUCAAAAUGCAGUUAUCCCUUUAUUGUUUUUUGGUCUGAAACCAUAAUCUGUUACCGUUUUGAGAUGUUAUACACCUGCUCAACCAGACACAGCCUACUUUCAGUUUGAUCACCGUUAUCUUAAUGAAAAAAAAAGACUGCCAUGAGAUUGCUUUUUUUUUUUAAUCUGUGCUUGUUUACAUCCGGGUAGUGGAGCAUUAUAUCAUUGUGACAGUAUCUACUAACCAAAGCUAUGACGUUGGCUGCAUUAUGUCACACAAAAACUGACAUUUUUAGCUGACUCUAAUAAAAAAGACAAUAUUUUAUUCAACCAACCAGUAAUUGUGUUGACUUUCAGGUUUGACAGUGUCACACAUCCCAGGGAUAAACAGUGCAAUAAUUGAGUAAACAAAGAACAGUUCACAUUUUCUGUAAGUGGUCCUAACUUGAACAGAGCUUUUUAUUUCUUGAAUUAUCUGCAAUACCUUUUGAGUUUAGCACUCUUAAUUCAAAGAUGCAAAGGAGAGACAUGUUUCUGAUAGCAGUACAAAUGAAAUCACUGCAGGGUGUGUAAUCCUUUUAUCGAGCCUAUUAAGAAGGAAAAUAAUUAAUUGGAGCUCUACAAAUAAAGUGGAGUGCUCUCCUUGUUAUUGGCAGUAAUGAGAUUCCCCCUGUCCUAACCCAGGCAGGCUGAGAACAUCUCUUUACCCUGAAUGUAAUCCCAGGUUCUUACAUCGGCACAGUGCACUGAGAGGUCACUGGGUUACUGAUAGUGACACUUAAUUAGCCUCUCCAAUUAGACCAGAAAGACUCUACAGUGGCAACAGGAACAAAGUGCUGUUCACUUUCAGGAACCCCCUCUGUUUAGAAAUACCCUUAAAUGAGUUUGCCCUUAGCUUCGUGCCUCACAGAUCUCCUGUCAGUCUGAAUAUGUACUCAGAAAAUAUAUCAAUUCAUGACCUGCUUGUAUGAUGUUGUAUUUUAAGGUUGUGCUCGGUGACUUUGUGUUUAAGUGAUAAAAAAGCUGAAAUUAACAUUGAUGUCUUUUCAUAAUAUCCAAAAUCAAACCAGACCAUCAGGGACUAGACUGACAGCUUGUUCAUUGUUGGUUUUUAUGCUUGAAGCAGGUGUGAAGGGGGCAAGUGUCAAACGAGCAGAUGAAGCAACAGCCUUAUGGUUGCAGUUUCUGUGCAAAUAUUUAUGAUAAACAUUACAUGUGACUGUCAAAAGUCAGGAGGAGGAGAUUUUUUGUUAAAAGAUAUUGAGUAUUUAGAAGACAAGACAAGCAAGACUUUCUCCACAUGUGUUGUUGUUGACACAAACCAAACAGUCCUCACAGGAGCUUUGCCUGUUUAAUCUUUAGUAAGUAUUCUGUAUAAAGACAUCCUAAAUAAUGCAGUGUGCAUUUAGAGAAGUGUCAGCCUGUACUUCUUUACCAUAAAAGGUAAUUUGCUAAUGGACAAGGCUUAUUAGGGACUGUAGUUUUAUUUACUGCAAUGAUAUCAAACUAAGAGUACAGAUCAGAGGCAACCAGCUGCAGGACCUUUGUUUUUUUCUAAAGCUUCUUUCUCAGAAAACUCUGCCUUCAAUUCUUCUUUCCAACAGUUCUUUAACAGAGUCAAAGGUUUCACGUCAUAAACAUUAAUUAAGGAAUAAAUGAGCCUGAUGGACCCUUUGGAGGAUGGAUUAAGUUUUUAAAAUAGAGUCUAGGAGGGAGCUGGUUGGUUUAGAUGGAAGAGAGGAGAUGGAUGUUUAUAUAAAGUUACAAAUUUGAAGAUAUCUAAAGAAUUGUGAACAGGGAAUAUUGAACUUUGAUAUUAACUGGUCAAAAGAUGCAAAAGAUUUGUUAAUAAACAGAUUUUCUAUUGUAGCGACUCCUCCUUCAAACCAGAUGUCAAAGGCUCUGCCAAUGAUUGAUAGUUUAAAUAGAUCGUUUUUUUAUUAUGGGUGCAUUGGAAAUCUCUUAAUGAAAGCAUUCUUCUGAAUUGUGUUCAAAUCUUAACAGACUGUUUUACUAUUGGAUUUGAAGAGUAUUUGGAUAUGGGUUCAGGUGAAGGGAGUUUUGUACUGAGCAAUGCACUUAAAGAAGUAGAGUCACAAGACAAAUAUUCUAGUUGUGACCUCUCUGUUUUUGAUGAUGAACCUUAGCAGAUCACGUGUUACCACAUACUUCAUCAAGAAUACAGCAUGAGGAGAGAUUGUUUAUUUAGUUCUAGUCAAAGAUGCCGACCUUAAAUAGAUUUAAAAAAAAGAAAACCGUAAAAGUGGUUGGCAGUAUUUUAGGUAGCCCAUUCAGGUAAAGUCCAUUUGUGGGGAAACUCUUGAGAAAAACAGUCAACCUGACCUACCCUGUCACCUGUUUUGCUCUGUAAAUUUCUUUAGCCUAAGUGCAGAUAUAAAAGUCUCUUUGAGACACGAGGUCUUUUGAUUGAUGGAUUGAACUGUGGAUUUUUUUUUUGCCAGCACUUGCUCUUUGUUUAUUCCAUGUAAUGUCCGGGUAGAUAUCAUCACAUCCUAUACAUGGCUUUCAACCUUCAUGUACAUGUAUUUUUAUGUCUGUGUGUCCUUGAACAGGACUUUCUCCUAUAAGAUCUCUGUAUUAUCAGUCUCUCAGAAUCAGAAUCCAUCAGUUCCAGCUGUGUCAUGAGUUUUUGUUCCUCAUGACCUUCCUGUGUGGUGGCUUUGUGUUUUAAUGUCAAACCUGUUGUCUGUUUGUUGUUAUCACAGUUACCUUGCCAAAGAGUCUGCAGAUCCUCCCAGCAUCUCCCUCCAAGCCCAACAGGCGCUCCAUGCAGUCCCCAUACAGACUCCCAAACCCUCUGCCCCCCCUGCCUGUCAGGAAGGGUGUGAGAGGUCGCCGCCCCAAGAGUGAGACCAUCGCUUUGCUCAAAGCUGUGGCCGAGGCUGCGGCCUCCCAGAACGGGACUGUACCUGAAAACACACAGCUGGUCCCUCGACCCCACAAGAAGAGAGGCCCCAAACCUGGGAGCAAGGUGAGCAUAUUCAAACUUGUGCUUACAGGUGAUUAAAAAACAUCCAAACAAUUAAGAGCUGUCAAAUCGAACAACAUUUUUGGAAAAUUGUCGGGUUAGUUUACUUCUGACCUGCUAAAUCAGAAACAAAGACAGAAACAUAAAGACUACUGUGAACUUCAGGCUAAAAAUGAAGUUUCACAAAGUAAAUCCUCUGAGAUUCAUGGUGUUAUGGGUAAACCUUGCAGCCUUUGUUUCAAUUCAUGUGCUACUAAAUGUUUUUUUUUUUUCUGGGCAGUAUGGUUUUCACAGUGAGUUAGGCCCGAACUACACGAAGGCGGAUAUUUAUUUAUCUGGAUAUUUUUGUACUCCCGUCUAAAUAAAUGUACCUGUCCACACGUGUUAGUUCAAAAAAAUAUCUGCGUCCACACGUAGGCUUCAAACUCAAUCCUAUCUGGUGCCGCUUAAAAAAAACUGACUGGUGGAUGUAAUUGUAUAAAAUAAGGUUCACUUGCAAGGCUGAAAUUAGCCCCAAAAGGGCAAAACAAACGUAAAGAAUACCCUGUAUGUCCGCCAUCGUUGUUGUUAUUGUUUUUGUUUUUAAUGCACAUGCGCGAGCUGCGGUUUGACGUCAUCGAUCCGUAAAAGUCCGACCACACGAAUCCACUGCGGGUACGGGAUACGGAUAUUUUUUAAUUUCUCCGCUUGUUUUUCCGGAUUCAGAUUUAUCCGGUUUGAGUGCACCAAACUCCCGGUUUGGUGUGGUAGGGAGGCCUAAUCGGACAUAAAUAUGUGCGGUUUGAAAUAUAUCCGCCUUCGUGAAGUUCGGGCCUUAGUCAUGAAGUUCAAGUUGGUUAUGAUGUAGCUUUUAGAAAUGAGCAUGAUUAGUGGAAUAAACUACCAGGGUUUGACUCAUCUGUGUUAAAAAAAAUAUUUAUAUAUAUAUGACAAUGUAAAUGUCAACUUUGUUUUCAUAAUCCAUUAAUCCCAUUUAAUGUGUUUAUUGAUAUUAUAGAGAAAGCCCAAGAUCCUCCCAACUCCUGUACCUCUGCCCAGCAUCCAGGUCCCACAAGAAAGUCCAUCAAGUCACAACUCAGUGGUGUCAACAGGUGAGGAUUACUGACCAGGUUAAAGGCCAAUGACGGUAGUUUAAUUUUUAAUUUGUUGUUCAGUUUGUUUAAUCAGCUGAUGAGUUAAUCAGUCUAUCUAAAUAGUAUACGUUCAUCAUAAAUAAUAAAAAUAGAGUAUUAAAAAAGUAUCAUACUCUAACAACAAAGUAUUUCUCCAUAGGGAUUAUUCUGUAAUGUGUUUAGUCUAAUUUCAAGACCUUUAAGUGGUUGUUCUUUGAUGAUGAGGCACUUGCACCAGCUGGUUCCAGAUGGCUGAACUGAACAUGGCGUCUACUGUCUCUAAUGGAUCUACUGUCCCUAACCCCACCUGUCUGGAUUUUGGUUGUUUAGACCUCAAACUAUGUCAAACACAUAAAAAACACCAGGUUUAAAAAUAUCACUCCAUCUUCUUGCCUGAUUUUGCCAAGUUUCCGUUCUCAUGAGGUUGUCUCCUGUAUUCUCUGUGUUUCUUGUGUCUGUGUGUUGCUCCAGUGUGUGUGUAUGUGAACAAGCACGGGAACUGUGGCUCCCACUUGGACAGGAAGCAAAUGCAGCGUCUGCCGGACCACUUCGGCCCAGGUCCUGUGAAUGCUGUGCUUCAACAGGUGGUCCAGUCGUGCAUAGACUGUGCGUACCAGCCCAAGGUCCUGCUCAGCGCUCUGCAGACUCACUCAGGAGGAGGAGAGGUCGUCAGAGGUAGUCUCAUUCAAAUAAGACCUGAUAUUAUUUUCUGAUAUUCUGUGAUGUGUUUCACGUCUGUAGCAGUUGUUUUAGUCAUCUUUGAGAUCCUGUGUAUAAUGCAGACCCUGCGCUCCCAGGAUCAUAAAUGGGCGCUACACAGGGGGGUGUAAUGGACCAAGAAAUUGCAGCAUUUAAAGGGGGAAGUUUGCUUCACUUUCACAGUCACUUCUCAAUUUACUAAUAAACAACACAAUACUGUAAAGGAAAGUGGAAGUUGUUGGUCACAAACGGCUGGCAACUCCAAAACGAGAGAGAAGUCAGCCAAAAGCACAUGUGUCAUCUUUAAGUAGCUGAUGUGAUCUACGUUACCGACCGCUGAAAUAUCCUUUUUUUCCCUCUUAGUGAGAACAGAUGGUGGUGUCCGUGUGGUCAAACUCCCAGCAGCCUCCAGUGCUUCCUUUGUGCUUCGGUUCUUGGAGACGAUGUGUCGUCAUCUGCAGUGUGACAACUUGUUCAGCAGCCAACCGUUCAGCCACUAUGCAGCGUACGACAGGACCAAAUCAGGUAACGUCUUAAGCCAGUGUUCGUGUCACAAAUCUGUCGUGGAAGUUUUUCUCCUUCCGUUGCUGCUGGUGAAUAAUGAAAUAGAGACUUCUGCCGGCCGACAAGGUUUUAUUUUCUUUGCAAAGAAAAGGUCGAUCUGAAUCCGAGCGGGUAGAUCAGAAAGGACCCCGAAUCUAGGGGAAUACAGAGUAUUUAUACCUUAGGACCGCCCUCCAGAGGGCAAGGAAUGGGGCUUAGGUGUUGGCACCUUUUGUUGUCUGUGGGGACUGUUACUUCACCCCCCUGGGGUAAUCACAGCUGUGUCAGGAAAGAAAGCUGUGAAGUUUUUAUCUUUUGGGAUACAACAAUUCCCAUGAAAGCAGGCAUAUGGAUAAAUUUGUUUUAGAACAAAAUAAAUCCCAAGUGCUGCUUAAAAUGUCUUUCACUCCUGUGUAUUUUCUCUAACUGGAGUCAGUUUUUUACACUUUGAAAUAACAGGAAAGUUCAAAAUCAAAGUGAAGAAAGAAAAAGAAAGUGUUAAAAUCAAAUUGUGAAUUAUGACUAAAAACUCAUACAUUUACAACAAAAGAGUUUAUUAGUCGCUAGUAUCACACUGUCGUAAGAAUUCAAAUUCUGAAAAUACUCAUAUAAACGGGUGGGCUAUUGCAGUGGUGUGCAGCCUGUGCAUGCUUCUGUCACUGUGUUGGUCCUCAGCUGCUGACUAAAACUUUACAAGCUGAUCCACAUUCCCCAGGUGACUAGCUGCUCUCCUAUGACCUGAAUUUACAACUUUGUUUUCUUUCUUUACUCUUGGGAGAUUAAAGUAAGGCUGGGUGAUAUGGCCUCAAAUCAAUAUCACAAUAUAUUAUCACCUUGACAACGAUAAAUGGACAAUAACUACUCCACAAGCUGCUCACCCCCUCCCACAUUAAACGUUGUCAACUUCAGCCGCCGCUCCAGACGAUACAACUUUUGAACUGUCCUCAUGGAUGGGAUGGAGUCAUGUCUCCGAUGUAGAACAGCGUCUUAGGGGGACAUGAGACCAUAGCUUACCUACACACAUCCAAAACCAACUUUUAUUUAUUUUUUUGACACCAAAUAUAUUGACAUGGGCAAAAUGAUAUUGGUUAUUGUCGUAAAUUUUGGUAUUGGUAAAUUUUUGGUUUAUUGCCCAGCCCUAUAUUAAAACCUUGUUUUUGGGCAUCUACAAGUUCAUUCUUAUAAAUGUAAAACUUAUCUCUUGGACUUUUGUUUGUAUGUUUCAGUGAAAGAGGAGGCACUGGAUACUCCAUCUCUGGCUCGAGGAAGUAAACGGAGUCUGUCUGUAGUGUCUCCACCAUAUGCAGCCCCUCUGUCACCCAAACAUCUACGAACUGAAGCUCAUCCUUCAGAGGGUACGGCUCACUCUGCAGAUGUGUUAUAUUCUUGGUGGACUCUGUAUUCAAAGACACUUCUCUGUCAUCACAACUUGAACACAGUUUUUGAUCAAACUUCUGUAAUGUGUCUUUGGUGUGAUUAUUUUCGACGGAUAGAGUUUAUAAAAAGUUUUUAUAUUACAUUUUGUUAAAUGUGAGUGUUGUUUUUGUCUCUCCAGCAGAGACUCUGCCUCAUGAAGAAAACGGUCAUCUAAAGGAGCAGCGCUACAUGGACUCAGCCUCCAACUCCAUGACCCCCCGACCCCAAACAGCACGCAGCUCCUCAGAGUACCACUCUCAGGCCAGCAGCCUCUACCACGCCGGCAAUGCCACAGCCAUGCGCCGCCUCUCCUCCAAUCCUGCAGAGCUCAGCUCCACACCACCUCUCAGACGAGUUGAAGGUGCAGUAAGAGUCUGUGGCUGCACAGGUCUAAUCAUGCUCUGAAUUGAUUGUUUAAUGCACAUUGUUCUCUUGGUAGCAGCCAGCUCCACCACAGGUCCUGAGGCUCUGGGGUCUGAGAGGGAGAGUCCACGGCUGCCCAAUAAGAACCCCUCAUCCUGGUCCAUCGAGGAGGUGAUGCAGUUUGUGAGGGAUGCUGACCCCACAGCGUUAGCUCCACACGCUGAACUCUUCAGAAAACAUGUAAGUUACUUUGGAUGACAUUUAAGGACCCACUCCAACGAAAAACAUGUUUCUCUUGUUGUCUUCAUCUUCAUAUGGCAUUUUCUGAUGCUGAAGGAAAAAUAAGUGCAAAGUUGCAUUUCUGAGUAUUUACUGCUCUGCAGAAUAAAAGCCCUUAAAAAUGACACAGGUAACGUGAUUUUAGAUAAAGAAUUCAUAAUCGCAACUUAAAGACCACAGAGAACACUUCAAGUAGUAAAAGAAAAAAAACGAUUAGAGUGUGACUUUAAGUAUCCAGGACUGGUCAUUCGAUACCAGACUUGUCGCAUCAGCUGUUUUGAAGCCCCUGGGCAGAAAGUGCUUCAUUUGUUCUAAUAUGACCAAAGUUCAGUCCAACAAAGCUGAAAAAUCCUAUCUGUCCUGUAGAGAUUACUACUUUUGUUGGGCAGUAAACCCCUGAAGCUGUAAGACUGUGGGCUUGGAGGGUGAGAGGCUAAACAUAAAUUUUUAAAUGUAAAAGCAGUUACAUACAAUCUAUGUGAAGGUAUUUGCUUUAAAGCAGCAGUUUCAUGGAGGAUUUAAAAAUGCAGCUCACUUAAGCUCUGGAGCUGUCAGCGUGACCAGCAGCUGCAGUAACUUCAUCCUCAACGCAGCUUUUUUCAGUUCGGCGCCACACUCAACUCCUGUGUCUGGUUACAUGAGACCUGUGUUUUACCAGUAAGACUCCCUGUUUGGAUGUAUUUUUUUACCAUCAUGUGUUGGUGCAAACAAAAGCUUUCAGCAGUCAGAGACAGGCCAAGUGUCUUUCUGGCAUAAACCAUGUAAAAAAAAUAAGAGACCAUAGCAGAAAAGGGCUGCAGCUAACAACUUUGUUGAUAGUUGACAAGUCAUUGCUUAUCACGACUUUUUGACGAAGCAGACAUAUAAUUGCUCAAUAAUUAGAUGGCUCCAUAUAGUAAUCAGCUUUUUAGUUUGAUUUUACCAUUUAGAACUGAAAACAUGCUGUUAAAAAAUUCUUCAAGGUAAGAAACAGAGAUUGGAGAGAAAAAGAUGAGGUAUUGUAAGGUCAAGGUUUAACGAGAGAGACUAAACAUGUGAAACUCAGACAUUACAGCUCUGACUUUGGACUUCAGUUAAAGUGAAUGUCACUGUGCCUUCUCAAGUAUCUUUGACAUUACUGCUCCCAUGAAAAACAAACUCUGGUUUUUGUUGUUUUUUUUCUUUGCUGCAUUAAAACAAUUGAUCCUGGACUUCAGAAACGUCACCACACCUUGGUGUUGCAUUGGUUACCGCCAUGUUCAUGUGUUUUAUUGACUAGUCGCUGUUCUGCACUUGUUACUCUCAGCAGGGAUGGUAGGGGUGUAAGGUGUGUCUCCUGUGCCACUCUCAGCAAAGGUAGUAAAGAAGCGAGAGGCCCCCCUCCAUAUUGAUUUAACUGCAGAAAACAACCUUAUGUCCACUGUAUGAAAAUACACGCAAUAAGGUCUCCAACGACUCAGCGCCCCCUAAUGCACUGGCAACUACUUGUUUUAUUGAUUUUUGUUGACUACAUGGAUGAAUCAUGUACCCUUGCUGCUGACAGCCUGGUCAGCCAAAGAGUCAGUCAAAGUAGGUGGCGGCAGAGGCCCUGAUUUCAUCACAGUUUGAUUGAACCCAGACUCCGACAGGAUGUUGAAAUAACUUCACUGGAGGUCCACUUGAGAUGCAAUGCUUCCAGAUGUCACACAGACUUUAAUUUUGGGUUUAAUUUUUGUCAUUUUGAGACUUGAGUUUUACAGGGCACAGCCUCUUGUGUUUGCUUCUGCAUUGCGUUGCACAAUGACAAAGCUAUGAUAAGAAACUUCCUGUAGCUUAUUACUGACAAAAACAUGUGCAUGUGUUCAUGAUACCCCACAAAAGGUCAGCCAGGCAGCCAAGUUAAAACUUAAACUACUUUGAAAUCUUUUCACAUCCUCCCCUCUAAUAUCAACUUCAUAACUGCUAAUGAUUGUGCUCAUGAUGAGUACUAUAAAGAUGAGUAUACAGUGUACCCAGAGAGUUUUACAAGUAUUGGAAGGGUCUCAGUUUAUACAUGAUUUUAAAGAAAGCUUUAACUGAUAUUUGGCUUGAAACAUCCAUUUAUGUUCAUACAGGUCCUGUUUAUUGGUCUUGUCUGAUCCGGUUUAAAUCUAUACCUGAAUGUCAAAUGUGUGAGGGUUCAUGUCUGUUCUUUAAUUGUUGAGUCUUGUACAUUUCCUGACUGAAAGGAAUGAGUACUGAAAGGCUGUAUUACAGCAUCAUAUGAAUAAUUCAGCCCUUGUGUUCAGUUUUGAAAAUCUAGAACUGUAAAUGUUUUUAUAUAUUUGAGCUAUUUUUGUGCUGCUCUUUACACUGGGCUUUGGGUUUCUAGGGUUUGUCUUUAAUGUCUGAUGUCCUUACAGGAGAUCGAUGGAAAAGCUCUGAUGCUGCUGCGGAGCGACAUGAUCAUGAAGUAUAUGGGUCUGAAGCUGGGGCCUGCGCUGAAGCUCUGCCACCACAUAGAUCGACUGAAACAGGGCAAAGUGUAAAUGGAGCCGCCGCGCUCCUGUCCCUGUCCAACCCAUGAGCAAUAAACCCCGACGAGAGCCGGACUCAUGGAGCUGCAGGGGCCACAUGUGACUCUGACUGAUGUUACAACUUCCUCCUGACUUCCAGAGCGGAGAAAGUGUGCCGUGCAGUGCUGACACAUUACCUCAUCCCCUCAUCAGUGAACGAAAACUCUGACUGACUGACUGACUGAAAUCCCAAAGGAAAGAACCCCUGCAGUGUUUACAUUGCAUAGCACACAUGGACACGCUUUUUUUAACGGAGAUAAAAAUCUUUUGAUCCUGGUUUUGGAUCCCCCAAAGAUGGAGAAUGUUUCUUCUUAUAUAAUGUUUUUAUUAUUGUCCAAUUUCCACUUAUUAAGGAAGGGUUGGUAUACUGAAAAAAACAUCAGAUGUUCUUCCCCACAAGAAUCUGGAUGCUCUCUGUACAGCUGUUUUCACUCUUCACGUAUGCCUCAAGUGUGGAGCAUCCGACAGACUCUUUCAUGUGCUUGAAAAUCGUCAGCAUCAUUACAUUUUUUAUCUCAAACUCACGUUUUCCACAGGGUGUCCUGCAGGAUCAUCCUCUGCUGUGUGGCAAGAUGUGUUCUUAUUGUGUCUUAGCGGACCCUCCGUUGCCUCCCACCGGUCCACACACAGUUCUUAUCAAACUUACAGGCCGAUCCAUUUCAGCGGACAGAUUGUUGAGGAUGUGCAAACAGACAUUUCUAAGGGCUUUCUUUGUUUAGUUUUUCAAACUAUUAGUUGAAUCACGUGAGAGCCUGUGUCCACAGAGCGGUUUUCAGGCACAGUGCAGGGCUGGAAUGGAGCUCUUGUGUCAUGUCAGAGGAGAAACUGCAUGUGAGGUUUUGUUUCCAUGAUGGCAAUGUUUGGCUCGAGUGCUGGGGCAGUGUCACCUGUUUUUUCCCUGAGAGCAUUAAAAAAAUACUUCAUGUCAUUAUAGGUAGGGUUGUAUCAGGUACUCAUCAAUUGUGUCAACAGCCAGGAGAAAUUGGCUGGAAUUUUCCCGUGAAGCAAAAUCCUGUUGACUCAUACUUGAGCUAGUAUAAGUUUGUGCUAAUAUCCAUUCACAGACCCUACAAAGCUUGUUAGACUCGGUACUGUAAGAUCCUGAUUUAUGCUUGGAAAGUGUUCUAGUUUCCGUUUGUGGUCCAAUUAGUAUUGACCAAUCAUGUUUCAAAACAGGGAAAAUAGAUGGAGUGUGGAGAGCAAAAGCAGGUGGAACACACACACCACUAAAACAACACCCCAGCUCUUCAGCUUUAAUCUAACAACUAUUUAUCCAUCUAAUGUUCAACUUUUUAAAAGCAGUUUUCUUUUCUUCUCGAGGACCGACCUUACAAUGUUUGCAUUACUACUUUUUACAAAUCCCAAUUAUGGUGUUGUUUUAUCAGUAAAUUUUAAACAUUCAAGUUGUCAGUAACUUUUGGAGAAAAAAAAAGAGUUUUGUUUUCUGGCUGCUACUUCUAAAGUAAGCCAGGGUGAAGCAUCUCUGUCUACAGUUGACCUGAGACCUCCCGGUACUUGACACAGAUGUACAGGUGUCCCCCCCUGAGAUACGAUAGAUUAAGAAAAGUUUCAGACAAAGACAGUGCGCAGAUUAGAAAGUCUUGGCUGGAAGUUGUUUUUUGCGUCUGUUAAAUGCUUUUCUUACCCAUUUCAUCCACAUGUCAGACAGUCGUGUCCAUUAGCACAAGGCCAGCACAAUAUGAAACAAACAUGCACUGCACCAUAACAUUGUUUCAGUAAUGAGAUGACAAUGUGCUGCUGUGCAUGUUAACAGGCUGAGUAAGACAGCAUUGCCUUCUAGAAAAAAAAAAUAAUAUUUGAAGAUUUCAGCUUUUGCGUUAAAAAGCCCAUCCUUGGGCUUGUGUUUCUGUAUUUAGAGAUAGGAUGUGUGGGUGAUGUAGAAAACUGGACUAAGUGUAGGGCUUGAUGUGACAAAGGACUCUAGCCUCUGUACAUGAGGCUGGAAGAAAAGCAAGGCCAAGGAGAGCGAAAGAACAGGAAUGUGUUGUGUAUGAGAAUAGUGCAGAAAGGAAUGAGUGUUCAGGCAAUGAAGGAAAGAAAAAAGCUGAAAAAUGUUUUAAUAUAGAAUAAACACUUCGUCUGACUUUAACUUUUGAGGUUGAAAUUUCCCUGAUAGCUUAGCUACUAUUCUGCAGGGUCCCUAUGUAGGUAUGGAAAGUAUAGAAAAAUAUGGAAAUAAAUUUGAUCAAUUUCCAGGUCUUAAAAAGUGUGAAAAAAUAUUGUUUCCAGACUAUUACCACAGUUCUGAAAUACUGUUUUCCAAAAUAGAAAAGUAGGUAUUUCCAAAAAUAAUUCUAAAACAUAGGGUAUGGAAAAGUAUGGAAAUUCCAACUGUGUAGGAACCCUGAUUCUGGUUCUCCAGCAAGUUUCUCAACAGAGGACCCAAACUCAAAGGGAUCUUUUGUGGCUAUCAUACUUAGUAUUGACAAGUACCUCAUUCACUAAGAUUUUCCCGUGGAUACAUAUGUUCCUGUCUUUCAAAAUUUAUGAAAUCAUCUCAGAAAAAUCCACAGUCUUAUUGGUGUCGAUACAAAAUAUCUCAAAAAGUAAAUUACUGGUAUUGGCAGUGAUGAAAUAUUUCUGCAGAUUUGAUUACCAGCCUGAAAGAUUCAUCAUGUGCAUGCAGUACCAGCUUACUCCUGCUGGUUGCAUUUAUGUGUUUAAUCUUUUUUACUUACAUAAAUUUUAACAAGAAACAUUUUUAAACAUGUUGUCUAUGGUAGAAUCAAAUGUUGUUUGACUUGUUUUAUGGUCUGGUUCUCAAACAAAUAGACCAUCACAUAUUAAGAGUAACAAACAUAUCCUAUUACAGGGAAGUUUGCAUUCUUAACAAUGGAAAAAGGAUGUGUAUUGAAAUCAGUCAAAAUAGAUUAGAAAAUAUUGGUAAAAGUCAGAUUUUGAGCAGCAAACUCAACUGCUAGAAAAAAGUCAGACACAUCUCCUCCCCAUGUUUUAUGGCUGUUUUAGUCUCCUGUUGUUCAUGGAGGAUUGCAGCACCUGUCAUAAAUCCUAAGUCAUAGUCAUGUCAAGUUUUCAGCUCCACAAAAGAAGUAGGAAGUGCUGUGGAUGCUGUGUUUCUCCUCCAGGGGGCUGCAUGCUCCUCAUGUUGGUUCAAAGUGUAGUCUGAAUAAACCGCUCUGUGGACUCUGGCUCUAAGCUCAUCGGUCUGCUUGUCUGCCUGCCUGCAGCCGCCUCAGUGUUGUCUCUUUUGACCGUUCAGAUCACUGUUAGGAAUGAAAACAGAUUUGUACAGUUUUAUGGGUUUAACCAUGAAUAUCAGCGACAGAAUGUACAUUUUGUAGAAACUUUAAUAUUUUAAGGAAAUCAUAUACAUUAAGCUAGAAAUGUGAAGAUAAUGGUGGACGGGGACGUGGUGAAUAUUCCAUUCUGCUUUUUAAUACUAAACACAGCAGCGCUUUUUAGUUCACAUACUUAUAGUACUAGACUCUGCCUUGCUCUACCUACGACAUCUCUCAGGUUUAUGUGAUCUUUGUUAGUACAAGCUUUUGUAGCAAACUGUUUAUAAUGUACUUUACAAAACUUUUCCUCCUCUUCUCUUCAUUGAUUUAAAAAAGACUUUGUGCCAUACAAUAUUCAACACAGGAUCCAAGUGCUGUUGAUUUCCCUCUCCUCCUCCUCUUCUUCUUCUUCUUCUUGCAUCUUCUUUUAAGUACUUGAAAAAUAUGUGUUGCAAAACGUCACUUGUCCAAUAUGUCACAUCAGAUAAACAGUAUGUGUUUAUGAUGUUGUGUAUUUCCUUUAUUUGUUUUUAUAAACCAACAAAAAACUGAUGAUCAUGUGUUGUUGCUGAUUUCAACCAGAGAGGAAACUGCAGUCUAAGUCUCAUGGUAGUGUUCAAAUCCACGCAGAGAAACAGUGAGAGCCAAACAUAGAAAGUUCUGUGCAGCUAACAGUAAGAAUAGCACUUACAUUUUGACAUACCACUCAGAUAGAUGUUGUUUUGUAACCGCAGCUGCAAUCCUUAAAACACUUACCAGAUCAUGUGUGUCCUAUUGUGGCACAGGUUCUUGUGGAGCACUUACCAAACUUGUUUUGGUGUUUUUCUGCCUCUGCGUUCAUCUGCGCCUCAUCCUCAUUACACCCCUGCACUCUCAGAUUACUCCAUGGUCAUGAGUUUAGAAAUUGAAAGGCUGCAGAUCCUCAUUAAGGAUGAUUUGGGGUGUUUCGAUGGCUGAAUUCAGCUUUAAAGACAACUGGGCAUGUAAACAGCAAAGAAUACCAUCAAGAGACUUUUGCACAGCAGGCCGUAGACUGAGAAAAUAUGAUACAAAAUAUUUUGGAUUAAUACAUUUCUGUGGAUUAUCAUGGGAAUAUAUUAACUACUUACUGCCCCACAUAAGUAUAAACUGCUGGUAUCGCUUCUGUAACACUUGGAGUUAUCUGUUUUACAAGUAGGGGGCGUUGGUGUCCCAGAUAUACAGUAGAGGCUGGUGCUGAUUUCCAGCUGAGGCCCUUUGCCGCAUGUCUUUCCUCCACUCUCCUCUCCUCGUGUUGACUCUGGUUGGCUGUCUUGCCUAGUGAAGCAAAGAUGCCCAAAAAUAUAACUGAAAUGUUAUUUUAAAAAGUCGUUAAGCUUCAAAAAUGUCAUGGGAAACUACACAAACUAGAACCUCUUGUUAUUGGUUGAGAGACACAUGACCCAAGAGAUCUAGAUCUAGAUCCAAAUUAAAAACUGGUGUGAAAUAUGCAAUGUACUCACAUGACCAGCCCUGUGACUGAAUCUUAUUUGGAGGAGGUAGCUGUGUCAUGCUUUUACUUUGACAUUGUAAGUAUACUACUUUAGGUAGAGUUGAGUUGGGAUCUGAUGAGGCUUAAGCUCCAACAAUGUUUCUGGAUCCACCUUAAAUCUUGAAAUGUCCCUUUUAGGAAGUCCUGAAUCAUCUCUCAGGCGGCUGCUAACAGCUAGAUCACCAUCCGUCUCUUCUCUGUCUCUCUUCAGUUUUAUGGUGGAUGAUGGCUAGCGUAAAGGUCCACAGCUAUGAACACACACUAUUACUGUUUGUUUAUUUAGUAUUUCAUUUUCUUUAUGUCAUCUCUUAUCAUCAAUACCGGUAUAUUGUGAGAGUCUUACAUGUAAAAGAACAGACACAGACACAAACCUUGAUUUUGGAGUUUUUAGUUCCCUUCAAUGUAAAAAAACACAAACACUGUACAGACAUCAAUCUUCCACUGCUGUCCCUUCACCAUAAAGAAAAGGUUCCUGAAGCAAAAAGGGCUUCAGCAGACUGCUAGUUAGAAAGGACUGAGUUACAACUCACCAGCUGGUGUAUUUACACACUGUUUAAAUUAAAUUUCACAAAGAAUAAAUUAAUGUGAAAUCCUGUACAAGCAAAGAGAUCAGUUCAAGGAGUCGACUCUGCAAACGUGUGUAAAUACAAGGAAUUAUUUAGUGUUUCCAUCCCUCCGAUCUUCUCUCUCAGUCAGGGUCCAGAUGUUUUCAGUUCUGGGCCUCUAAUUCACAGAUUUCAUAAAUGCUCUGAUCACACAUGAUGGAACACAGCUUAAGCAAAAUAUGUUACAACACCCUGUAACGCUUCAAACUAAACUAUGACAAAGUGCACUCAACAGGAUAAAUAAACAGGCACACAACAACAACAAUACUCGCACAUCCACAACUCUGAUCUAAACAUGAGACAGAAAAAUGUCCAACAAAAGAGACACAAACCACUCUGAGUGAACGUUUCACACGGACAGAAAGAGGGGGCGGAGACUCAUCAACACUGACUCUAAUAUCAGACUAAUAACACACAAACUGAGCAGACGCACCAACAGCACUUUCUCUCGCCAAAGCCAAGACUUCAGGUCGUGCCUCAUCUCUCUGUUUCCUCCAUCCACGGCUCCUCUUCACAUUCUUGAUUGACUUAACAGGUGAAAUAAAUAUUUGAACUCCCACUUCAUUUUGAUUCACUUUUCUUUCAGAGCAUUUCCUGUCAUUUUUCAAACUUGGGCCCCUUUUCAGACACAAAUUUCAGUGUAAAUAUCAUUCAACAAAAAGUUCAGGAAAGGCUGCUUUGAAAUCAUGAUCAUAGUGAAGUGUUUGUGGGUGAAAAUGACAGGCUGAGAUUAAUAUGUUAAAGAUUCAAAAGCAUCAAAGAAAGGAUCCUAAUGCAGACAUUUCUCUGGAGUUAUUAGUGUUUUUUUAGAGCCAAAAUAACAGCAAUUUUACUUUCAAGAUCACAGGAAAUGCUUCUCAACUGCUUCAUACUUCGGGUGUUUUGAAAAGUUACACAAUAUUUUUACAGCACAGUCCAGAGAGGUGGCCAAGACCCCUCUUGAAACCCAGUAGACUGCCCCGAAAUGUAAAUUGCAUUUGAAUUUUGAACUUUUUUUGGUAUUUGAAACCUAUUUCCACAUUUGAAUUAAGUGUUGUAUGUCUGUUACUUUGAUGGAAAGUAAUGCUGUUAAUCUCGGUCAGGACUCUCUGCUAAAAGAGAUUUUUAAACUUAAUGAGACCUUCAUUGUAAAGUGACUUUAAAUAAACAGAUAAAAUCUAUUUUACAAGUCAGAUGUAUGGGAGACAAAUCAGUGCUUAAAAAAAAUCGAGCAAACGCCUGCAUACUGUCUGGCUUUUACAAGUAUGCUCACAGGCACUGUUUUGGUUCUCAAAGGUUCACACUCAAUUCAUGCCACCCCGUGCUGCAGGAGUCAGCGCCCGAGUUGGGCCACCCCUGUCAAAAAGUGGGGACACGGGGGCUGGGCGAUGAACUGAAAAUCUGCCAAUACCAAAGUUUACGAAAAAAACCUACAUCAUCUUGCCCAUGUUGGUAUAUUCGAUGUCAAAUAAAUAAAUAAAUAAAAGUUAGUUUUGGAUGUGUGUAGGUAGGCUAUGGUUCAUGUCCCUUUAAGAUGCUGUCCUACGUCAGAGACGUGACUCCACCCCAUCCAGUCUGUAACAAAGAGGGAAAGACAGGUGAGGAGAUGGAGGACGGUUCAAAAGUUGUAGCGGCUGGAGCGACAGCAGAAGUAGAUGGAGUUAAUCUGGGAGGGGGUGAGCAGCUUGUUGAGCAAUUAUCGUCCAUUUAUCAUUAGCGAGGUAAUAUUAGCAAUAUAUCAGGAUAUUGAUUUGAGGCCAUAUCACCCAGCCCUACUGGACACGCCCCUGGUAGUGACAGAUCAGAAACUCCUCCUGUGUUCUGUGUAGUAAAAUAACUUGUUUUUUUUAAUGGAGUCUGGUGAAACAUCCUGUGAAAGCUUGAUCAUUUUGACAUUUCAGAAAUCUUGCGCAGAAACUCUCUCUAAUGUUGGAAAAGAAAUCUGAGCCUCAUUGUUGCAAACCAACCUCUUCUUUAGGAUGUACUGGGACCAGGCUUUGCUGUAUGAAUAACAUUGCAGCCAUGUUAACUUCUCUUUGCUCCUGGCUGAGGAAAAACUCUUCAACAUGUUCCUUUUAACCACUGAGCAUCAAAACUGUGUUAAAUUUAGGCCCACUUCAAAAAAAUAGUUUUUUUUGUUUUUUUUUGUUUUAGAGAAAACAGUGGGAAGUUUGGGCCGUUUCAUACUGUGUCCUUUUAAUCAAAAACAGCAAACUCAGCUGUCAGCAGAGGCUGUUUUCUCUAAAAACUCGUCUUAAAUUUUGGGAGUCUUACAGAAAGUUCAGAUAAAACCUGAAAACAUUGAGACCUCCCUUUUCCUGUAGCUAUUUUAGAAGUGUGAAACAUAUUUUGUCACUGAUGGCUGUUUUGUGGCUCUUGCUCUGCCAAAUUAUUAUCAGCCUGUCACUGUAAUCCCCAACCAAUCAGAGGAGAAUAAAUCGCUCCAAUGAGCUGAUGAUGACUUUGGGAAUUUCUGACGAUGGGACAUGUUUAGACAGCCUCAGUCACGUCCUGCCAGCUCAAUCUGCUCUAAUCUGAGCAGUUAGUGAAUCAAAUAUCAGUUUUUUUAGGUCCUCAGUGCACUUCAAUCAGACUCACUUUGGGAAACAAACCAUAAUGCCAGAAAUGGAAAAACUGAACCCAUGUGUCUUUGCAUGUUCUGUGAUUCAUUAAGCCACAUGAAGAGGCCCUUAAGCUGCCAUCGAUAGAAACAUUACUGGUUUGAUACGACACUCCGUGGUGACGCAUCAGAAAAAAACCCGAUAACUCUUUGUGGAAAACGUUUCUGCAACAACUGUCAGACAUUCAUGAACUCAGUUUCUGCAACAUUUGGAUCCAGACUCCAAGCUCUGACUGGACUCAUGAGUAUGACUUUCAAUACACAGUCCCCACAUGUGUUUUAUGUUACUCGCUCUGGAGGGGAUACCAGUCCGUGCGCCAACGAUUAAUCCCCCUCCGCCGGGCUCUUUCACUUCCUGGGGAGCAGCGCCGCGAGUCUCUGCUUCUUCACUGGGAGGAAGUGGAUCUCCUGUGAGCUGACUUUCUUCAAUUUGAUGGCCCUGUUCUUUGGGACCUUUUUCAGCGGAUUGUUGGGGUCAUGCUGUUCUGUUUGAGACGCUGAUGGCACCGCGUAAAUCUGCUGCAGAGACCCGCCUUGGCUGCCGUCACGUUUUAUAGAGAAGUUCUUGGUGGAGACUCCUGAGAGGCCUUUAAUCUUCCCACAGAGGAUUGCAGGGAUGGCGUCCUUCACUGAAACAAUGACUUUAGCCGUCUGCGAGGUGCUGAGGAUCUCAAGGUUUCCUGUUCCGCUUAUAGACGCCUCCUGAGUACCUGAUCCACCUGGACUGCUGUCCACCACCCAUUUGUGCUGCCGGCUGAACUGCAGUGAAGCCAGACUACCCAGGAGUUUGGAGUCUAAACUCUGGGAGCACUGGACGCCCAGAGACAAAGAGGUACUGCUUGUAUCCUGAGUGGAGGAAAAAGCUCCCUCUCUGCCACAUUUGUUCCUCAUACCAGGCACUGACAAGUCAAGGACACUGUCCUGCUGUGGGCUGGGGGAUUCCUGCUUUAGUUCAACAGGACACGCCUUCACAGAAAGGUCGAGAACCUGCCCAUCAUUCGCAGGAAGUGAGGAUGGGGACACAUUUUGCAGCUGGAGCGACGGUAUCGAUCUGCUUGCAGAUGACACAGGAGAGGUAGUAUCUUUUGGAGAUGUCUGAGUGCUUUUACUCACAGUGCAAACAGGUUUUGGCAUGUUCCCCUUUGAGUCCUCACUCUGAGGGACUGGAACGGGGAUAGGUAGAGGGACGGGCAGAGGCACUGGUAGAGGGAUGAUGACAGGGUAGGGGACCAGAAGGGUGGCAGGAGGGACUAACGGAGCCAGAGGGGAGGUGUAUGGAGGUGUGAGGGGAGGGAGUGGGAAAAAAGGAGAACCUGGGGACUGACAGGUGGGUGAAGCACCUGCCUGAGUAGGGAAGAGAUCCUGCAGGAUGGCUGCAAAUGCUGGAUUCUGCAGGAGUGAGAUCAGGUUGGCCUCUUGUGUUUGUGCCGCUGCUUUCUGAUCCACAGCUGGAGGUAAACCGAACGCCAAAGGGUUCUGACAGAGGACGUUGUUCUGGAUCUGCGGGCAGUUUGCUGCUUGAGGGAUCACAGUAGGACUCAUGUGUUGAAGGACCUGCUGAUCCAAGACCAGAGGAAGUGAAACCGGGCUCUGGCUGGUGAUCAGAUACGGUGCUGCCCCCAUCUGGCCAAGCUGAGGCGCUGCUGCGCCGGCCAUCUGCAGGUGAAUAGGCAGCAUCAGCGGGCUAUCUCCCAGGCACACCGGAUGCAGCACGGUCGUGGCGACUUUGAGCGCCACACCUCCAGUCGAUUCAGCCGUAGGACUAACAACUGUAGGUGCAGGAGGAUCAACCAGGUUAGAGAGUCCCUCUUUAGCACUGCUGCCACCACAGGAAUCAGCAGCUUCCUCAGUUUUACCGGAGGUCUCUCUUCCUCCUCCUUCCAUCUCGGUGCUGCACACCUCAGUCUGAGACUGUGUCGUAGAAACAGAAACAUCAUCCCCACCCUCCAUCGUUCAGUCUGAAGAGUCAAUCCAAAUCUUCAUCUAGUGUUAGAGACAGUCCUCAUCCAUCGUUCUUACAGGCAGCCCUGAAACACAAAAAUGAAAACAUUUUAUCUUGUGAGAAGCUUCAGAUAUUUGCUCCACACAUAUCCAAACUGUACACAGACAGGAAUGACAGGAAUUUGUCCUCUAAGAAAUGAUAUUUGAAGGACACAUGCUGCACAUUGUAUCUGUGAUCGUCCACUUUUAUUUCUCACAUCCAUCUGAAACUUUCUAAAGCAAUCUUUGACCAAGCUUUAGUCAAAAACCAUAGACGCUGACCACCUAGAUUUAACUAGAACAGUUCCCAGCAAUAAACUACACAGGUAGCUUCCAUCACUUCCAUUAAAACACUGUUGGAGCUGCUUUAAUAAAGGACAGGAAAUGAAGACUAAUGCUGUGUGUUUGCUGUGUCAGGGAACAAUUACCUCCAGCUGUUUGGGUGAUUUAAAUAUCAGGGCAAACAAAGACUUAUCCAACAUGAAGUUAAUGAAACUUUAGUUGUUUCUCUUAUCUUCUCUGAAGCAUUUUAAAUAGCAUGAUGAGUAUAGUCUUGUUUGAACAAACAGAUACUAAUUAUUCCUCUUUUUAGAGACAGAAUAUGACAGAGAUAUUUUGGUAUUACCGUUAUAAAUCAACUACCCAUAAAUAGUGAUCCCUGGUAGAGACAUCAUCAAAAGCUGCGUCUUUGCAUUAAAAUUCAAUACAUUUUUAAGUAAUUUACAUUCAUAUAUCUAUCAGUGUAUUGAGAAUCUGAUGCAAACUCCUGCCUGCUGUUUCCAGAUAAGCUGACCCUCCUAAUUUGAGUGGGAGCCUCCCUCAUUUUUCUUCAACUGUACUCUCAACUUGUAAUUUCUCUCCCUCCUCUGUGAGUAAUGAGUGUUUUUCAACCUAUGUGUUUCAAGCCCUGGUUACUGAACUGAGCAGUAAAAGGCAUAUGCUCACCACUCUACUUGACUUACUCCUGCAGCACGUUCUGACUGCAGUGCCUCACUACUCUGCUUCACUUUAAGUUAUUUUUGUAAGACUCAGAGGUUUUUUUUUACUUUAAUGUGAGCCUUGAAAUCAAAAGAUAUCAUAAGCAUUUUUUUUUCUCACAAGUGUUAAUUUGAUUUAUUAAAUUCAAAUUCAACUAUGGCACUUUUUGUACAAGAAUGUAAUUCAAAGUGCCUUACAGAGGCUAAAAACAGCAAUAACCCCCCCCCCCCCCCCCCCACACACACACACACACACACACACACACACACACACACACACACAAGCGCACACUGAGC